AUGUCUCCCAAUGCUUCCUGCCUCUGUGUGAAUGUUGCUUCCAAGGAAUGGGAAUUAAUGACCUUUGAUGUCAACCCAGAUGAUACAGUGAAGAAGAUCAAUGAACACAUCCGAUCUAAGACCAAAGUUUCUGUGCAGGACCAGAUCCUUCUGUUGGGCUCCAAGAGCCUACAGUCACAGAGAAAGCUAUCAUUUUAUGGCAUUGACAAGGAGAAGACCAUUCACCUCACUUUGAGAGUGGUGAAGCCCAGUGAUGGGGAGCUGCCUGUACUUCUCAUGGAGUAAGGUGAUGAGGGGCAGAGCCACCUCCUCUAGGUGCGAAGGUCCAGCUCAGUGGCCCAGGUGAAAGCAAUGAUUGAGACCAAGACUGCCAUAACCCCUGAGAGACAGACUGUAACUUGCAACGGAAAGAAGGUGGAGGAUGGGAAGACCAUGGCAGAUUAUAACAUCAAAAAGGGCAAUUUAUUCUUCCUAACAUACUAUUGUAUUGGGGGGUGA